AUGUUAGCUAUCAGAAAUGAGUGGAAGAGAAAUAAAAGAUUCCAUUUAAUUAAUUGGACUUGUAACGAGCGGUCGGAAAAGUGGAUUGGUCCUACAAAGAUAUGUUAUGGAAGAGAAAAUUUCCAAGUAACUAGAGUAACAGCAUACGGUUCACCAGGUACCCACAAAGGAGGGAGCGAAUCAUUUCCACCUAAAUGUACAAAUGAUCCGCAGAAUAUAGCGCAGCAAGAAAUACAAGAGCAAAAGUUUGGUGAAAUGAAUGUACAUUUAAAAUAA